AUCAACUCGAGCGCUUCGUCACAGCCAAUCGACUGACGAUCUGCUCUUCUCGAAAACAUGUCGCCCAUGAAGCUGUGUGUUCCAGGUGACAAGCUAUGCAGUGUAGAAGACUGUAUUCCCGGCACGGGGGUGUACCUGCGACAUGGCUACAUAUAUUCCUCACUAGCAGGCUAUGUGCUCAAGAAAAAUGAAGGAGAGGAGUUACCAGUGAUCUCAGUAGUCAGGGAAACAGAAGCACAACUAUUACCAGAUGUAGGAGCAAUAGUCACCUGUAAGGUGACGAGUAUCAACCCCAGGUUCGCCAAGGUUCACAUCCUUUAUGUUGGCUCCACGCCACUGAAGGAUCGCUUCAGAGGGACUAUCAGAAAAGAAGAUGUGCGCGCAACAGAGAAAGACAAGGUGGAGACGUACAAAAGUUUCAGACCCGGAGACAUCGUCUUGGCGAAAGUGAUCUCUCUCGGUGACGUGCAGUCUAACUACUUGUUGACAACAGCAGAGAAUGAACUGGGAGUGGUGGUGGCACACAGUGAAUCAGGUGCCCAGAUGGUUCCCAUCAGCUGGUGUGAGAUGCAGUGCCCGCAGACACACGUCAAAGAGUUCCGCAAAGUGGCGCGAGUGCAGCCGGAAUACCUGCAGGCCUGAGAGCCCUGAAACUUCUCUCUUCCACAAGGAACACACAGCUUCCCCUUCCUCCUCGUCGUCAAGCGGCCUCCCGACUCUGAUGUUUCCCGAGAGACUGCACAACGUGUAUAUCGCUGACUACUUCUGGUUACAUGUCUUUCUUAAGUGUUUUUUUCAAUAGCUCCUUCCCUCUGCACAGUGUCAUCAUUUGAUUGUGCCAGCUUGAAAACACAGAAGCAUCAGACCAAACGGCAAAAUUGUCAGGACGUAUUCCAAACAAUGUAGCGACUGUUGAAAAGAUUAUUUUUUAAACUAAAUUCAGUGCAGUGGUUUUUCUGAAGUUGCCUUUAAAUUGCCUGAUUAGAACUGUGUCUGACUCAGUUCUCGUAAGAUGUUACAUCACAGCUGCUAAACAUUCUACGUGACCACUAUGUUGAGAAGCUAAACACAUCUGAGUAAUGAUAAUGAGUGUUAAUAGCAGAUCAUCAGGUCGCUCAAAGGAUGAAGCAGUCUGUGCAUGACGCUGGUUGCAUUAAACACGAGGCUCGGUUAAGAAGAGACCCAGACACACUCUCAUGUAAAAUAACUGGAGAGAUCAUUCAAAAGGCAGCGGCUGUAUUUGGUCUGAAAUAUGGAGGAUUCAACCAAACAGUGACGCAGCACUCUGAAACUUCAUUUGCAUGGUGUCAUGUAUAGGGUUGUUUUUUUAAACCUUCUUCAUAAAAGUGACAUUAAUUUAGUUUAAGGACAUUUUAAUCUCCUCAGGCUCUUUUUUUCCUUUCUUUUCCAGUUUCAAGUAAACUGAUGGACACAUUGUCCACACGGCAGUUUUAAAGGAAAUGAAUGUGAUUAGAAAGCCUGACGUUCAGUCAGAGUUACAACACAGCUACCAUGCGCGGAAUAUUGAAGUACAUGUGAUAGUCAAACUUUAGCACAUUAUCAAGACCAAACAAAUGAGCCUACAACAAACAAGCGGAAAGUAAAAUGAACUUUGACUUUUCUUUUUUUAAACUUUACAACAAAUGUUAUUCAUGUGCAAGAUUGGAAUAAAAUGACUAUCAGAACCAUCA